AGUUUAAUUACCUUAAAUACUAAACAUUUCAGAAGAAUGAAGAAAAUUGCAUUACUUUCUGUUUGCGCUUUCAUUUUAUUGAUAAGCUUUGCUAACUGUGCUAGCAUAUUCAGAAACUAUUAAUUAUUUGGAAAAAAUAAAUUUGCCAAUCCUCAUGAUCACCAAUUAUUCCACAAUCAUAGUCAACAUAGACCUGAAGGAUAUGAUAAAAGCUACAUUAAAACUAAUGGUAAGAGUCGUGAUUUCACUGCUUGGAUGAACGCUAUUAACCCAGAAGGUAGCUUGAAUGGUAUCGCUCUUCUCAUCUAAUCUAUUAAUCCUGUUAUUUCAACUGCUGUUGGUAAUAAAUGGGCUGCAGAAAUCACUGAAGCAGCAAAAUCUUUCCCCGAAUUUUGCAACAGUGGAAACGAAGAAAAAGACAAGUAAGAAUUUGCAGCUUUCCUUUCUAUUAUUGGAGCUGAAACCUCUUUCGAUUCAUCCAAUGGAUUCCCUUGCACUAAAGAAAAUGGAUGUCCUAACUGUUAAGCUUGUUCUUACAAUACAGCUGGUUAACUUUGUGAUGUAGAUCCCAAUCUCUAAUAUUAUGGACGUGGUCCUCUUUAACUUUCUUGGAACUACAACUAUGCAGAUUUCUCUUAAUAACUCUACGGAGAUGAUCGUUUACUCUUAAAUCCCACUAAAUUGAAUGACGACACUACUCUUUGCUGGACUAGUGCUUUAUGGUUUUGGAUGGCUGAACACUAAUAUGGUGGAUGGUGCGUUCCUUAAGCUGCUUGGCCUUUCCAUGACAAGUGUGAAGAAGAAUGCCCCUUAGGACCUUCUUCAUGCUCAAACUCUGUUUGUAGUAAAGAACACUGGCUCCCUGUUGGAAGAAACAGCCCUCAUAGGGCUAUUAUUGGAGAAGGUGGCAUGGGUGAAGUCAUCAAUUUGAUUAAUGGUGGAUACGAUUGUUGUCCCUCUAGUGGAUACUUCCCUCUUUAUGGUCACACUUUGUACAGAGUUUAAUGGUUUGCAGCCAUUCUUCAAGCUUGGGAUGCUGAACUCCCUUGGAGCAAGCUUGAUCCUGUCCCAAUAAAGAACUGUCCUUUGGCUGAAAACCACAUCAACUGUUCUCAAUUACUUAACCCUGCUUGCACUUGGAACUGUUGUAGAGCUGUUUGA